AUGUUCGUCAUCAUCAACCAACUUACCGGGGGUUUACUCGUCAUAAAAUACUGGAAGAAUGUAACAGUCGGGGAAAAAGCCAUCUAUAUCACAGGAUUUCUGGUCGUCAUAAUCAGUAUGAACUACUGGAGCGGCCAGUUUCUCGGUCGCUAUGAGGUCGCACUGUCGUCGUUCAAGAUUUUGAUAGUGUUGGUGCUCAUGAUUAUGUCGCUCGUCAUCGCCUUCGGGGGAGGGAGGGACCACGAAAGUAAGGGUUUUCGCUAUUGGAAAUGGCCCAGUGCGUUUGCCAGCUCGGACGACAGAAGUGCUUUGGGCGUCUUUCGCGCCAUUUUCCGGACGAUUCCCAACACUACGCUAUCUUAUUUGGGUACCGAGCUCAUUGGAAUGGCGGUGCUACAUACCCGAGAGCCUCGGAAAGCUGCAGCGCGGGCAAUCAAGCAGAUUUUCUAUCGGAUUCUGGCCUUCAACCUUGUCACGAUUACUCUUCUAGGCAUGGUAAUCCCUUACGAUGAUGACACCCUAGCGCUCCCGAUGAGCACCACCCCCAAGCAGAGCGCUUCUGCAUUCGUUGUUGCAGUAAAUAAGGCUCAUAUCGCUGUGCUUCCAGAUAUUUUGAACGCUUGUAUCCUCAUCUUCGUCGUCUCUGCUGCCAGUCGCGCCCUUUGCAUGGCAACCAGAAUCCUCCGCGAGCUCUCCCUCGAGGAGAACGCGCCUUUCUUCCUCCGUCGCUUGGAUAAGCGUGGAGUUCCAGUGUUUGCUCUAGGAGUGAGUGCUACGCCAGCAUUGCUCGGGUAUUUAAACCUUUUCGAGCCCUUUUCGGGCCGUCUCUGGACCAAUUUGGUCAACCUGGUCACCAUCUUCAGCAUCUUGUCGUGGGGGUCCAUUCUCAUAAUGCACAUCUCUUUCGUGCGGGCACGCAAAGCCCAGAAAAUCCCAGACGAGGAAGUCCCAUUCAAAGCCCCCUUUGGGAUUUUCGGUUCGUGGACAGCCUUGGUGAUCUGCAUUUCCAUACCCGUCAUGAGAGCCAUUGAACUGUCUGAUCGGAACCAAUACACUGAUCAGAACCAUUACAAUAAAGGCUUACAUGUUUGGGCCAUUGUUACCUCUUACCUCGGGAUCCCCCUCUACUUUGCGCUCGUGCUUGGAUACAAGAUUGGAAGCAGGCGCAAGGGCCGCAGUGGUCAUGCCAAGGUUGAAUUGACUUCGGGGCGUAGCAUCGAGAGCCAACAGGACGCCGAGACAGAUGGCGCAGGACGAGUAGCAGCAUCAAUCAGAGCGCCGCCACUAUGGAAGGGUCGGGCGCUUCCAGUGUGGCUGAUAUAG